UGGGGGGGGGGGGGGGAUUCGUCUUCACUUGCUGGGCAGCCGUCAGUUUCGUACGAGAUGUCUAGCAAGCCGGUCCUAUACACGCACACCAUUAGUCCCGCCGGCCGUGCGGCCGAACUCGCCGUCAAGGCGUUGAACCUGGACGUUGAGAUUAGGGAGAUGAACGUCUUCAAGGGUCAGCAUAUGACCGACGAGUUCAAGAAGCUAAACCCGGUCCAAACGAUCCCCACGCUCGACGAUAACGGGUUUCUGGUGUGGGACAGUCACGCCAUCAUGAUUUAUCUUGCCCGCCGUUACGGUGCCGGCACGGAUCUCUACACGGACGACUUCGAGCAGCAGGCGCGCAUUAAUGCGGCCCUGUUCUUCGAAAGUUCCAUCCUGUUCGCCCGGUUGCGCUUCUGCACGGACAAUCUGACGGUGCUGGGCAAGAGUGCUAUCCCGGAGGAGAACCUGCAGCGUGCGUUGGAAGGUUUGCAGCGGCUGGAAAGUCUGCUGCAGUCGGAUUACGUUGCCGGCGAUCACCUGACGAUCGCGGACUUGAGCUGUGUCAGCAGCGUAACGACGCUGCACCUUAUGCUGAAGCCGUCCGCGGAAGACUUUCCGAAAACAUUCGCUUGGAUCGAACGGCUGGCCCAGCUACCGUACUACGGGGAGGUGAUGGGCCGUGGCCUAAAGGCGGCCGGCGAGCUGAUGCAAAUGCUCGGCGAGAAGAACAGUGCGAAGUAAGAUCCAAGUGAGGUGUGUUGUUGAGUGGUGUGCAGCUUACGAUUAUUGUUGGAGACGGUCUCCCUCUAGACACUACUCUACCGGUGAAGCGGAAAUCGAGCACAGAACUGAACCCCAAAAACCCCAAACUCUGCUGCCUACGGAUUCAUUAAGCUACUCCCGUGUGAAUGUAUUUGUGGCAAACCGGGCGAUAAGAGCAGCACACACCGUGGGUUCAGUAUUAUGCUGUGUACAUCUGGCGUCCAUUUAAAUUACCCUUUUUUGCUUUACAAAGUUUAUCUGAGCCUAGAUGUUUAUUUCGCUGUUUGUUUUGCUAUCCACAAUGUGCUUACAAUAAACAACAAGCUACACCACCGA